CUUGAGUUUUUUUCCAGAUUUUUGAUUUUUAAUGGAUUUUAAUUUCUAGUUGCUUUUUUGCUACAAUAUGUGUUUUUUUAAAUAGGUUUUUGCAUAUUGAUGGAUUUAGAUGGUGUUCAACCUAAUUAUCCUUCUUCUUGUGUUACUCAUUCAGUUGGUGAUAUUUAUCGUACUCCAGAGGUUGUUGGAUCAUUUAGCCCUGGUGGUACCACUAAGGAAUGGAUUCCAAGUGUUCCCGAGGAGUUAAAACCCAGUUUGGGGAUGAUAUUUAAAGAUCCUGAAGAGGGUCUUAGUUUUUAUAAAGCAUAUGCAAAUGCCGCUGGGUUUACUUCUAGGAAAUCUACUACUAAAAGGAAGAAGAAUAACAAAGAUAUAAUUGCUUUUCAAUAUGGAGUUUGCAAUAAGGAAGGUUUUAGGGCAAUAAGAAAACCUAUUGCUCAACAAACAGUUUAUGAAGAAGGAAAAGUUCGUAUUACUAGGAAACGUUUAGUCACUCGUGUAGGAUGCAAUGCUCACAUAUGUAUGAGAUAUGAUGCUGGAAAGUAUGUUGUAACUCAUUUCAAAGAAGAACAUAAUCAUCCUUUAUAUACUCCAAGUUGUGCAAGAUUUCAGAAGGAUAAUAGAAAAAUGCAUAUUAUGCAUAAAAAGUUGAUUGUUGAUAAUUCAAAGGUAAAUGUUGGUCCUGUGAGGUCUUAUACUAUGAUGAAAGAAUUAGCUGGAUCACAUGAUAAUGUUGGUGCAUCUAAACAAGAUUUCAAAAAUUUUUAUAGAGAUUUGAAGGCUUUUAUUGAUGGAUCAGAUGCCCAAAUGUUUGUGGAUAAUUUUCAAAAUAAGAAAUUGCUCUGGAGUGCAUUUUUUUUUUCCUAUGAUGUUGAUGAAGAAGAUAGACUUUGUAGAGCUUUAUGGGCUGAUCCUAUCUGUCGAAAAAGUUAUGCACUUUUUGGUGAUAUGGUUUCUUUUGAUACCACAUUCAAAACAAACAGGUGAUGUUUUAAAUAUAAG